GAGUCAUUAAAAGAACAAUGCGACGACAAGAUAAAUUCACUUAUUUCACUUCAGUGUAUUUCAUGCAACGUUUAAAGCUACAUUAUUUCCUACAAUGUUAUCGUUUUUAAAAAAAAUCAUUUAUUGUUUAAUCGUAUUUGAAAUUUCAAACUUGAAAAUCGUUCAGUCUGAACAAGAUGCACUGGAAAUAACGGCUUUGAAAAAUUUAAUCGAGUACCUUCAAAUUCCAUCAGUUCAUCCAAAUGUGAACUACGACGAUUGUGUAAGUUUUCUGAAACGACAAGCAAAAUCUCUUAAUUUAACUGCAAAAGUUAUUGAAUUGCAUCCCACAAAACCAAUUGUAAUUAUUACAUGGAAAGGCACAAAACCGGAUAAACCUUCUAUUUUAAUCAAUGGACAUAUGGAUGUCGUUCCUGUAAAUGCCAAAGAAUGGAAAUAUCCACCAUUUAAAGCCAAAAUGGAUGAAAAUGGCAAUAUUUAUGCUCGUGGAGCGCAAGACAUGAAGGGUGUUACUAUACAAUAUUUAGAAGCAAUUCGACGAUUAAAAUUAAAAGGAAUUCGACUACGGAGAACGAUUCAUUUGUCCAUGGUGCCGGACGAGGAAGAAGGAGAGUUAGGCAUGCAAAGUUUUGUGAAAUCUCAACAAUUCAAAGAUCUAAAUGUUGGUUUUGCCUUGGAUGAAGCAAUUCCUGGAUCUCAAAAUAAAUAUUAUGUAACCUAUGCUGAGAGGACAAUUUUUGAAAUGUGGGUUAACUGCCCCGGUAAACCCGGUCAUGGUUCGAAUUUGUCUGCUAAUACUGCUGGCGAGAAAUUACAAAUCGUAAUUGAUCGUCUUCUUGAAUUUAGAAAAAAAGAAAAGAAAAAAUUUGAAGAUGCAGGGAAUAUGGACAAUGUUACUUCUAUAAAUUUGACAAUGCUCAAGGGUGGCAUGCAAGUAAAUGUAAUUCCCGAUAUGUUGUCAGUGGCAUUUGACAUUCGUGUUUCACCUUUUGUUAAUUUUACAAAAUUCGUUGAAAUGUUUGAAGGUUGGUUAAGGGAAGCUGGCGAUGGAGUUAAUUAUACUGUUAUUGACAAAGGACCGCCAACUGAUGUUACAAAACUAGAUUCAAGUAAUAUUUAUUGGCAAGCCUUUAAACAAGCUUGCGAUGAGAACUCUAUAGAAAUAGAAACACGAAUUAUGCAAGGAGCAACAGAUUCACGCUUUCUACGCGCUCUUGGAAUACCAGCUUUGGGAUUUACACCAUUAGGCAAUACUACUGCAUUAGCUCACGCUAAUAAUGAAUAUGUCAAUAGCAAUGACUUUCUUAAGGGAAUUAAAAUACUUGAAAAAAUUUUAUUAAAAGUUGCAAAUGUUUAAUUGUUUACGUAAUUCAUUUUUAAUAGAAAAAUUAUAUUAUUUGUUUUGUAAAUUAUCAUAGUACUUGAAAACUGAAAUUUCAAUAUUGCAGAUAAAACUAUAAAUAUAAAGAUAUAUUAAAAUAAUAUAGGGGAGAGUGAAAAACAGUGGGACACUUUAAUUUUAAUUUUUAAAAAAAGUGUAAUUGUUACUUCGUUUACUCAUGUUUUUAAGUAUAAUAUCCAAUAAUUUAAAAUUUCUCAAACAGUGGGACAUUAAACACUGAGACAGGCAAAAAUUAAACACGAACCUUCAAAACAAGAAAAAUGUAUCAAGUUUCAAAAACUUCAAAUUGUUUUAUUUAAUCACAAUAUAAUCUUAAUAGAAUAUGUACAUUGUGUAGAAAAGAGUUCAAACUUUAUGGUAAUACCAAAAAGUGUUCAAAAAUAUAUAAAUUUGACAUAUUAAUAUGUCUUUGAAAAAAAGUGUCCCACUAUUUGUCACUUUUCCCUAUAUAUCAGAAACACAUUUCUGUUGCGCAAUAAUACAAAAAAACUAACAUGUAGUACAAUAAUGCUAAAAAUGACUUAAUAUUGACUUUUCUGUAUCUGUUUAACUCAUAAUAUUAUAAUUACUGUCAUUACUAUUAUUAAAAUUAAUAAAAUUUUAAGUUUUUAACCAAA